CGCCCGCCGCUCUGGGUCCCGCCCCGCCGGCCGGAGCGCCGCGCUCGCCGCUCCAGAAGAGGCGCCGGGAGCGGCGGGAGCCGCAGGAUUACAGCGGGGUGUCUGCGCGAGAAGGGCUCGGCGGCAGGUUAAACCUUGCCACCUGGAAGACUAAAACAGCUCACCUGAGACUGAACCAGAAUUACUGAUUUAGGUGACUGAAGAUGCUGCUGCUGUGGAAACAGCUGCUCCUGGUGUCAUUUGUUGGCUGUCUUGGAGUAACAGAUCUUGAAAACUCCAGGACGAAAAUGAGAAGCGCUGUGUCUGUUCGAGAGGGGCAGGGAGUUGUGCUGCUCUGUGGACCGGCUCCCCGGGCAGGAGAAUUGUCAUUUGCUUGGAUCUUCAAUGAAUAUCCAUCAUUUGUCCAAGAGGACAGUCGUCGUUUUGUAUCCCAAGAGACCGGUCACCUCUACAUAGCCAAAGUUGAACCAUCAGAUGUAGGAAAUUAUACCUGUGUUGUAACCAGCACUGUGACCAACAGCCAAGUUCUUGGGUCACCGACUCCUCUUGUGCUGCGGACGGAUGGUGUGAUGGGAGAAUAUGAACCCAAAAUAGAAGUUCAGUUUCCUGAGACACUGCCUGCAGCUAAAGGCUCAACUGUGAAGCUAGAAUGCUUUGCACUUGGAAACCCCGUGCCUCAGAUUAACUGGAGAAGAAGUGAUGGUCUGCCAUUUCCAAGUAAAAUAAAGCUGAGGAAAUCCAAUGGCAUGAUUGAAAUACCUAAUUUCCAACAAGAGGAUGCAGGGCUAUAUGAAUGUAUUACUGAAAACUCAAGAGGAAAAAACAUUGCAAAAGGGCGUCUCACGUACUACGCAAAACCCCACUGGAUCCAGACAAUAAAAGAUAUUGAAGUUGCUGUAGAAGACACCUUGUACUGGGACUGCAGAGCAAGUGGAAAGCCCAAACCGUCUUACAGGUGGCUGAAAAAUGGAGACCAACUGUCACCAGAGGGAAGGAUCCAAAUUGAAAAUGGUGCACUUACAAUAUCAAAUCUAAAUCUGACAGAUUCUGGCAGAUACCAAUGCAUAGCUGAAAAUAAACAUGGUGUCAUCUAUUCGAGUGCUGAGCUCAAGGUUGUAGCUUCUGCUCCAGAUUUUUCCAAGAAUCCAAUGAAGAAACUGAUCCAGGUUCAAAUAGGCAGCACAGUUGAUUUUGAAUGCAAGCCCAAAGCUUCCCCUAAGGCCAAAUGUUCCUGGAAGAAGGGAGGUGAGCAGCUACAGGAAAAUGGAAGAAUCAUGUUAUUGAAGGAUGGAGGACUAAGAAUAGCCAAUGUGACCAAAGUUGAUGCCGGAAGCUACACAUGCUUGGCAGCAAACCAGUUUGGAACAGCCAGUGGCUCAACAAACUUAAUAGUAACAGAGCCAACCAGGAUUAUUUUGGCACCUUCCAACAUGGAUGUCACUGUCGGGGAAAGUGUUGUCCUGCCCUGCCAGGUUCAGCAUGAUCCUAUACUGGAUAUCAGCUUCACCUGGUAUUUCAACGGAACGCUCACAGAUUUCAAGAAGGAUGCUUCUCAUUUUGAGAAGGUUGGGGGGAGUGCAUCAGGAGAUUUAAUGAUUAGAAACAUCCAGCUGAAACAUAGUGGAAAAUAUGUUUGUAUGGUGAAGACAGAAGUGGAUAGCGUAGCAUCUGCAGCAGACCUUAUUGUACGAGGCUCGCCUGGGCCCCCUGAACAUGUGAAAGUGGAUGAAAUAACUGAUACCACAGCUCAGAUUUCCUGGCAAGAAGGCACAGAUAAUCACAGCCCAGUAACCGCUUAUACCAUACAAGCAAGGACACCUUUCUCAGUUGGCUGGCAGCGAGUUACAACAGUUCCAGAUGUGAUCGAUGGAAAAACGUUCACAACCACAGUAGUGGAUUUAAACCCUUGGGUUGAAUAUGAAUUUCGUGUAGUUGCCAGUAACAAAAUAGGAGGUGGAGAACCUAGUUUACCCUCAGAAAAAGUAAGAACUGAAGAGGCAGUUCCUGAAAUCCCCCCAUCUGAAGUCAGUGGGGGAGGAGGCAGCAGGUCUGAACUGGUCAUAACAUGGGAUCCCAUCCCUGAAGAACUACAAAAUGGGGAAGGAUUUGGCUAUGUCGUUGCCUUCCGCCCCUUUGGCACCACAACAUGGAUACAGACUGUGGUCACCUCUCCUGACACGCCAAGAUAUGUCUUUAGGAAUGAAAGCAUCUUGCCUUUUUCACCAUAUGAAGUCAAAGUUGGUGUCUAUAACAAUAAAGGAGAAGGACCAUUUAGUUCAGUAACCACAGUUUUUUCAGCUGAAGAAGAGCCUAGCACGGCACCCUCUGGUGUAUCUGCAAGGAGUCUGUCAUCCUCAGUCAUUGAGGUCUCCUGGAUGGCCAUUCCCUGGAAGAUGAGUAAUGGGAGGUUACUGGGCUAUGAGGUUAGGUACUGGAAUAAUGGUGGAAAAGAAGAAUCUUCAAACAGAGCAAAAACUGCAGGGAAUGAGACAUCAAUAAGAAUAACAGGUUUGAAGAGCAACUUGGCAUACUACACAGCUGUUCGUGCUUAUAACAGUGCUGGAGCGGGUCCCUUUAGUGCCACAGUAAAUGCUACCACAAAAAAGACACCACCCAGUCAGCCUCCAGGGAAUGUUGUGUGGAAUGUCACUGACUCCAGAGUAAUCCUCAGCUGGGAGGAAGUAAGAGCUAUGGAGAAUGAGUCCGAGGUGACUGGGUAUAAGGUUUUGUACAGGACCAGCAGUCAGACGGUUGUGAAUGUUCUGAACACAGACAAGACAACAGCUGAACUCCUGCUCCAGUUUAAUGACGACUACAUCAUAGAAGUAAAAACAACAAGUGAUGGUGGAGAUGGCACUAGCAGCGAUCAGAUCGUGAUUCCCAGACUAGCUAGUAUGGAUGCAAGAGGUUCUGGUCCAUCAGUCUUGAAUAUCUUCAGUGUAUCCAGCUUCUUAUCAUCAGUACUUUCCUUGACUCUUCAUUCAGUGUUGUGAUGAUGUAUUUUCAUUUGCUGGGGAAAAAAACUGAAUUGGUUACUUCUGAAAAGUGCUUUUUUUUAAAAAAAAACUGCAGUGGUUAAUGCAUGUUUUUCUUCUAUCCUGACGUGUUUUUAAAUUCUUUAUAUAUCACUGUCAGUUGAAGUAAAAAUAUCGUGUAAAGUUUAGCAAAUCCUUUAAAAAGGAAUCUAAAAUGCCUUAAUACUUGAACCAAAGGAGUUUACAUAUUAUAUACUUCAGAUACAAUGUAAGAGAGAGGGAGAGCUUUGGCACUGCGACCAGAGCUGCGAAGCAGAGCUUAGCUCAGUGAGAAACUCCCAUUUUUGCAGUGACACUGAAUUGCUUAGGGUAUCUUUCCAAGUUUUUUUUUUUUUUUUAACCAUGUAACAUCAUUCCACAUAUGAAAGGUGAAAUCAGAGACAUGGCUUUUCAGUCAGAUGGUUCCAAGCAGCAUUUCUUAAGGUAGUGUCAUAAUCCAGUAGGUUUGGAUCAGUUUUCUUACUGCCCUUUCUACAAAUUAUUCUAAAUUGAGGAAGAAAUCAAAGUUGUGAGGUAGAGAAAAGUCACAGAAUAGAUGUUUGUUUUGCACAGUCCACAUUGUGGUGUCCAAGAUGCAGGGCUUCCAAUACUAUUCUUAAGAAAUUAUUUCACAGCCGUGUUUCAAAGAAGGCUCUUUGCUGUAUCGCAGCAUACAUCUGUGUACCUUUUCAAACACCUGACCUUCCUCUCCAUGGAUAAUAGGCUUCAAAGUUAAUUUCCUUAUAUCCCCACCUUAUAUUUGUUAACCAGGUUCUUUAUUCAUAAACAAGUGCUCCCACCUUCAGGAUCAUUUUUAUUGCCCUUCACUGAACUCCGGUCACUGUUUCACUAACAAAAGUGCCCAGUUGUAAGCAUUAUCGAAAUGCAGCUGCACCCUGGCCUUAUGAAAAGGGACUACUACCACCUCCCUACUUCGUGAUGUGGUGCUCCCAAAUACGCAGCCUCAAAUUAUCUUGCUCUUUUGUCUAGCGCGCUGCAACUGUUAACGUGUGUAAUUCUCCUUCCUGCUGCUCUUGGACCAAUUCAAAUGGUACUCUAAUGCACCCCAUUACUGUCUCAUGAUUCUGGUAAGUUUAUGGCAAUACUAUAGGUUAUAAUACAAAAUCACACAAAGACACUUCAGGCUUACUAUUACAGAGAAAUCUAUGCUUUCUUUCAUUGCAGCAUAUUAAAGAUACAUUAAACAUGGUACAUUUAACUUUUACAGUUGUGAGUUUAGUCAACUCACCCUUUUAGACACCUUUUAGAGAGCUUCCCACAUACAUGUUAGAGCAAGUAUUCAUGUGACAUAAAGCAUAUCCUUUUAAAGACUUUUUUUUCCUAAUCUCACAGUAUUAUUACAACACGCAAAAAUUAUGAAGGGAGAGAACCAGGAUUAAUCAAAUUAUGGUAGCACUGUAGAAAAAAUACCUAGAUACGCAUUCAAAUAGCAGAUUACCUUAUUAGUAUCACAUCCAGAGGAAAUCAUGUGCUAACUGUUAAAGUAAGCAAGAUCUGUAUAUACUGUAUAUAUAUAGUUAUAUAUGGCUAGUUGCUUUUCAAUGUGGCUAACCAGUGAUGUUUUCAGACACUUGCAAAUGGGGGGUGGGGGGGGAGUUGGAAAACCGGUGUUCCUGGUAAGUAUAUAGUUAUGUUUCAUGCAACAGAGUAACUCCUUCUAUUCUCGUUUCACAAAAUUCUAGUCCACGUUCUUGUAUGGCCAUUUUCAUGCAAUUACAUUGUAUUGUUUAAUUUCUAGUUAUAUAUCUCCAUGAGAUAUGUACUGAGUACUUUGUUUCAUAUUGAAAAGUUUGAAAUUUAUCCUUAAACUUGCAGUUGUGUGUGUAUCCUAUGGUUAUCUGUAUGCAUUUUUUUCUAUUACUCUAAUAAAAUAUUUAUUACAUUGAGGGAUACUAGAAUAUUUCAGGGUAGUAUCGUGUGUCCAUAUUAUGUAUUU